UGUGACCUGAGGCGGGCGGUGGCGGCAGAGCCGGAGCCGGUCGGGAGAGACGAGUGGGGAGGGGUCCAUGGAGGGAGAGGACGGGCCUGGCUGGGUUGACUCUCACAGCCAUAAUGGAUGACUUGAACCUGCACUACCGGUUCCUGAACUGGAGGAGGAGGAUCCGGGAGAUCCGGGAGGUGCGGGCUGUCCGCUAUCAGGAGAGAUUCAAACACAUUCUCGUCGACGGGGACACACUGAGUUACCAUGGGAACUCUGGGGAGGUUGGCUGUUACGUUGCCCCCCGCCCACUGACCAAAGACAACAACUACUUUGAGGUGUCAAUUGUGGACAGUGGUGUGCGGGGGACCAUCGCCGUGGGCCUUGUGCCGCAGUAUUACAGCCUGGACCAUCAGCCGGGGUGGCUGCCUGAUUCCGUGGCCUACCAUGCUGACGACGGCAAGCUCUACAAUGGCAGAGCGAAGGGCCGGCAGUUUGGGACGAAGUGCAGCUCAGGGGAUCGGAUCGGCUGCGGGAUUGAGCCGGUUUCUUUUGAGGUCCAGACGGCCCAGAUAUUCUUCACCAAGAACGGAAAGAGGGUUGGCUCCACCAUAAUGCCGCUGUCCCCGGACGGGCUCUUCCCUGCCGUGGGGAUGCACUCGCUGGGAGAAGAGGUUCGGCUCCACCUUCACGCUGAGCUGGGCAACGAGGAGGAUGACAGUAUCAUGAUGGUGGACAGCUAUGAGGACGAGUGGGGCCGGCUUCACGACGUGAAGGUCUGCGGCACGCUCCUGGAGUACGUGGGCAAGGGAAAGAGCAUCAUCGACGUUGGGCUGGCCCAGGCAAGGCAUCCCCUGAGCACCAGGAGCCACUACUUUGAGGUGGAGAUCGUAGACCCCGGGGAGAAGUGCUAUAUCGCGCUAGGCCUGGCCCGGAAGGACUACCCGAAAAACCGCCAUCCCGGCUGGAGCAGAGGAUCUGUGGCCUACCAUGCAGAUGACGGGAAGAUCUUCCAUGGGAGCGGUGUGGGAGACCCGUUCGGGCCCCGGUGCUACAAGGGAGACAUUAUGGGCUGCGGGAUCAUGUUCCCGCGGGAUUACAUCCUCGACAGCGAAGGUGACAGCGACGACAGCUGCGACACCACAGACCUGAAGCCCAAGCUGCGAGGCGUGCGGAAUGUCAUGUACUUGCACCAGGAGGUGGAGGAAGAGGAGGAGGAAGAGGAAGAGGACGGGGAGGAGAUGGAGCAGGAGCACGAAGGGAAGAAAGUGGUGGUGUUCUUCACACGCAACGGGAAGAUCAUCGGCAAGAAGGACGCGGUAGUGCCGAUCGGCGGCUUCUUCCCCACCAUCGGCAUGCUGAGCAGCGGGGAGAAAGUCAAGGUGGACCUCCACCCGCUCAGCGGCUAGGAGACGGGGGGCAUAUCCCACCCGCCGCCCUCUCUCGGGGUCAGCGCCCUCCCCGUGGGGCCCCCCGGGGACGUUCUCCAUCCCUUCAAUCCCUCACGCUUUGAGCCUCUGCCUGCAGGGGGCAGCGCUUUGUUGCCGGCGGCCGAAGUAUUAUCCCAGCCGGUUCCGCACGUGCCCUGGCGCCCGGCAGUCUGCAGGCGGGACGUUGGGUGGCUGGAGAAAGCUCUGGAUGUGCCUGGUGCUGCCCCCCCCCCCCCCAGCUCUGUCCAGCGCCAGCCAGAGCACGGGGCAGCCUCCUGUUUGUAGCAACGUGCCAAGCCUUGCGCCCAGCCUGUCCGUCUCAGUGUGGGGUGUGACAUGUGGAGACGGAGAUGCCGCCUGAGGCCCAAUUCCCACCCCCCUGUCUGGGGCUGGCCCCUGCCCCCCAGCUGGCGAGAUUCCUCUUCGCUUUAAUUUCCUGUCUGGCUGCUGCUGUCCUGGGCUCCGGCUCCCACCUGAGCACGCGCGAGAUCUGCGCCCAUUGGGGCCUCUCCCGUUACCAUAGAUGGUGUUACGGCACUGUGGCCUCCUGCCUGCCCCAGCUCGGCCUGCCCUGGAGUUGGUGGGGAAUCAGGCACCCCACGGAUGAGGGCCUGGGCUGCCUCGAAGCCUCUCCCUGCUGUCCUGGGGUGCCCAAGCCCUGCCCCACUUGCUAAAGAACUGGUGCCCUGGGCAUCCUCCUCCACCCCUUGCUGCAGCCGACGAGGGCCUUCGCGCCCAUGCUGGUUGCCUUAUGACAGCAUCGUGCUGCCCCUCGGGGGCUGGGAUGGCCUGCCCCAUGGUGCCAAGUCCCAAGAGCAUCAGCCAGGCUCCCAGGGGGCAGGGCACAGGCCAGGGGGGCAGGCCAGGGUUUUGUCCCUGACCAGUGUCUCGUUACGCCCUCUGAGGUCAGGGGCUGAGGGUGUCAGGGCGAGCGAACACUGGCUGCUGUGGGCCCUGGUGUAGCAUCAGGCUGUGGCUUGGCCUCGAGGGGACAGUGCUGCAGCCCAGGGCCCCUUCGUGGGGGGCUGCAGUCAGCAAAGCCUGGCCCUCCACGGGGUGAUCUCAGCUGUCCCUCACCCAGCCCCCUGAGCCUGCAGCCCCCUAGACCCCACCCCGUCUCCCCUCCUAGGGAUCACCAGGAGGCCUGUAAGGGGCAGGGCAGAUGGGUGGGUUUCUUUGGGGUAACUGGGGCUUCCCCCAUUAAACAGCCCUCCGAGCAAGCUUGGAAACUGUCUCGCUCCCCCCCAGCCUAGUGUCGAUUGGACUGUGCCCCAUCGGCCCAUCCCCCUGGCUUGGGCUUGUAGCCAGGCUCCGGGGCGGCCCAGCCCUCACUGCUCCACCCGCUGUUCCCUGCGGGCCGGUUCAGCCUUCUGCUUCCCGGAGUCCAUGUGAACUGGAUCUGGGCCGCCCCCCAGUUCCGAGUCUGCCCGUGGCUCCCGCUCCCACCCCCGCCCUCCUUAGGGGGGUAGCUCCCUAGCCCAUGGCGGGGAUUCCCCUGGUGGGGGUGGGCUGGAGAGCGUGAUCCUCGUGGGGGGGGGGGGGGGUCACGGUGGGGAGGCCUGUUUCUGCUGCUGGGGACUUCAGCACCUGCCCCAGAGCUGGCGGGGCUGCAGGGAGCAAGGGGGAUGCUCUGAUAGGGGGCAGAGUUAACUAUGGGGCAGGUUCCUUCGCUCCUCUCCACGGCUCUCUUGGCGGGACACCUAGGGCCCGGGCUGUGCCAGCUGCCAACCGCGGCCAGGUGGCUGCUAGCCAAUGAGAGCUGAGCCGCUGGGAGGGGCCGCCCCCCCGUCUGGGCUGCCCCAGCCCUGCGCUGCUGAAAGCUCCCUGGGCCUACGGGGUCGUGUCCGAGAUGGCCGGGUGCCAGGUGCCAGUGGGGCUUGUGCUGCUGUUUCUUUGCUUAAUUACCAGAUCUUGUGAAUGUAAAAAUCACCCCCCCACCCCCCUUGUGUAUCCUCCCAGCCCAGGUCUGGGCACAGCCCUUAGCUGCUAGUGGGAAGUCGGCCAGCCAGGGGAGGGCUCCGAUUGUGGGACUCUUCCCCUGCCAGCCUUGCCCGCCUCCACCUGAGAGAAGCAGCCGGGCUGCUGCUGGGAGGGCGUGAUCCCCUGGGCUGGGACCCUGCCUGGGUCCCAUCUGCAUGGAGCCCAUCCCCCACCCCCGAGAUGGGGAUCUCACCAUUGCUGAGGUUGCUGCUGGCUGAGAAACCCGGACUUUGCGCCUACGGGGAACCGAGUGUUUUGACCCAGCCAGGUCGAGAUCCCCCAAUCCCCACCCCCGGUCUGCGCUCUCCACCCUCCGACCUACACGUCUGUACAUACUGAGAUCUUUAUACACACUCAAUAAAGAUGGAGUUUCCAUAUUUAUCUGUA